CUUAUUUAUUACACUUAGAGGUAAUACUCAUUUCGCAGAACUUUAAACCAUUUAUCAAUGGCGAACACAGUUGCAGAGCUUGUGUUCAUCCCUGCACCCGCAGUUGGUCAUAUAAUGUCCACAAUCGAGAUGGCAAAAGUACUCUUGAACCGUGAUCAAAGGCUCUCAAUAAACGUUCUUCUCAUAAGCCCUCCUUACCCCGUCCCUGCUCUUACCACCUACAUCGAAUCAUUGGCUAAAAACACUAUCGAACGCAUACAGUUCAUUGAACUCCCUAAAGAUCAAACACCGCCAAAGCUCGACCCCAAAGCCUUCCUGACUUCCUUGUAUGAGUUCUACAGCAGUCAUUGCAAACAUGUCAGAAAUAUUGUGGCGGACAUGAUAAAUCAAACUGGUUCGGGUAGGGUCGUUGGGUUUGUCGUUGACGUGUUCUGCACCGGCAUGAUAGAUGUGGCUAAUGAAUUUAAUCUUCCGACGUAUGUGUUUUUCACUUCUAGUUCUGCCUUUCUUGGCUUUAACUUGUAUAUCGAGACGCUAUGUGUGGAUCAUAACCAAGAUCAUGUUAUGGAGCUGAGUAACUCGGGAGGUGAGAUGGUUGUUCCGAGUUUUGUUAAUCCAGUGCCGAAGAAGGCUUUUCCAGCAAUGUACGAGAUACAAGAUGGGUUGGACAUGCUGAUCAACUCUUUUCGCGAAUUAAGAAAGGCUAAAGGGAUAAUGGUUAAUACGUUCUUGGAGUUGGAAACACACGCGAUGAAGUCGUUUACUGACACCAACUUCCCGCCUGUAUAUCCCGUGGGACCCCUACUCAAUCUAGACGGGGUAGCUGGAAAAGCUGACGACAUGGAUGUGAUUAAGUGGUUGGAUAGUCAACCACCAUUGUCAGUGGUGGUGUUGUGUUUCGGGAGUAUGGGAAGUUUUAGUGAGGUCCAAGUGAAGGAGAUAGCACUCGGUUUAGAACAAAGUGGUCAUCGUUUUGUGUGGUCCCUAUGCCUAACUCCUUCUAAAGAGCAAUUACUUGAUGACCCAAGAGAACUAUUGCCGGAUGGGUUCCUUGAGCGAACGGUGGGCAUAGGGAAAGUGAUUGGAUGGGCACCACAAGUGUCGUUGCUGUCCCAUGAAGCAGUUGGGGGGUUCGUGUCCCAUUGCGGGUGGAACUCGAUGCUAGAGAGCUUGUGGUUUGGUGUACCAACGGCCACAUGGCCAAUGUACGCUGAGCAACAACUUAAUGCAUUUGAAAUGGUGGUGGAGUUGGGAUUGGCGAUUGACUUGAAAAUGGAUUAUAAGAUCGAUAUGUUUAAUCCCGCUGCCAUAGUCGUUGUCACGGCAGAGGAAAUAGAGAAUGGGAUAACGCGACUCAUGGAGGAUAACAAUGUUAGAGCGAAAGUGAAAGAGAUUAGCAAACUGAGCAGGGUAACAGUGGCUGAGGGUGGUUCAUCAUAUGCAUUAGUUGACUAUCUAGUUCAAGAAAUUAUGAGUAACAUCAUAUGACUUCAAAUUUCUGUAUGAGUUACUACUGAUUAUAUUAUCAGGUUGUUUGGGGAAUACGAGUCAAAAAGCAUGAUUAUUUGUUGUAUUUUCACCUUUAUUUGAAUUUAUAGAACGCAUCCGUUGUGCA